UCCGGCUCCGGUUCUCGGAAACGGGUCCUGGAACCGGCAUGGUUAGGCGGGCCCUCUCCGCGCUGCUUCUCACAGCCCUGGCGUGCGACGUCGCGUACGCCAAGUUCGGCAGGAACAGCUUCCACGAGGACUUCAUCUUCGGCACCGGCUCCGCGGCGUACCAGUACGAGGGUGCCUACAAGGAAGGAGGCAAAGGCCUCAGCGUGUGGGACAUCUUCAGUCACAUACCAGGUAAAAUCAAGAACAAUGAUACUGGCGAUGUGGCGGAUGACUUCUACCAUCGAUACAAGGAGGACGUGAAGCUCCUCAAGGACAUGAACUUGGAUGCCUUCCGGUUCUCAAUUGCCUGGACCAGGAUCCUGCCAACUGGCUCCCUGAGCGGAGGAAUCAACAAAGAAGGGGUGGCCUUCUACAACAACCUCAUCAACGAGGUUAUAGCAAAUGGGCUGAAGCCAUUCGUCACCAUCUUCCACUGGGACACACCCCUGGCCCUCGAGAGCAAGUACGGGGGCUUCCUCAGCGAGAACAUCAUGCAGUUGCUUCUUGUCCCAAAAAAAGAAGAAGAAUUGCUCAUUACUGCGGAGGUGUGCUUCCGCGAGUUCGGCGACCGCGUCAAGUUCUGGACCACGUUCAACGAGCCCUUUUCAUACUCGACGCAGGGGUACUCCAAUGGCGCCUUCGCCCCCGGCCGGUGCUCGCCAUUCAUCUCCCGGUCCUGCACCCCCGGCGACUCCGGCCGCGAGCCCUACAUAGUGACGCACCAUAUCCUCCUCGCCCACGCCCGGGCCGUGGCGCUGUACCGCGCCAGGUACCAGGCGGCGCAGCGCGGGCAGAUCGGCAUCACGCAGCCGUCGCACUCGUUCGUGCCCAACACCGACACCCUCGCCGACCGGAGGGCCGUGCAGCGCAGCCUGGACUUCAUGUUCGGCUGGUACCUGGACCCCAUCGUGCACGGCGAGUACCCGAGCACCAUGACCAGCUUCCUCGGCGACCGGCUGCCGAGGUUCACGCCGGAGCAGAUGAGGCUGGUCAAGGGCUCCUACGACUUCAUCGGCGUCAACUACUACACCAGCUACUUCACCUCGGCGAGGCCCGCGCCCAACAGGCCGCCGUCCUACGAUGGCGACAUCCGGGCCAACAUCUCCGGGUUCCGCAACGGCGUGCCCGUCGGCCAGCCGGAGUUCGUGCCCGCCUUCUUCAACUCCCCGGCCGGCCUCCGUGAGCUCCUGCUCUACACCAAACGCCGGUACAACAACCCCGUCAUCUACGUCACCGAGAACGGCAUCGCAGAGGAGAACAGCGCGCGCAUCCCGCUCAAGAAGGCGCUCAAGGACGAGCACCGGAUCAAGUUCCACUCCCAGCACCUGCAGUUCGUGAACCACGCCAUCAGGGACGGUGUCAAGGUCAAGGGCUACUUCACCUGGACCUUCAUGGACUGCUUCGAGUGGGGCGACGGAUACUUCGACCGCUUCGGCCUCAUCUUCAUCGACCGCCUCAACGGCCUCAAGCGCUACCGCAAGCAAUCCAACUACUGGAUCGAGGGCUUCCUCAAGAGGGAGCAAACGCACUACUGAUGAUCAUGAGCUGAGCUCCAUCGCCGGCUUUGAUCAGCUGGUGCUGCGUUGUCGUUGCCGCGCCCGAGAAUAAUGGCUGUGAUUGAGGGGCCGGGAAUUUUAAUUUUCGGAGAGUGAUUGCUGUGAUGCUGUCUACUGUUGCCUGUAUUUUGUUUGCUUUCUAGUUGGUGUCGUCGCUGAGGGCCCAGUGAGGGGAAAUAAAGCUCAUGGCCGAUCUACUUUAUUAGCAGUUCAAUUGGAUGUAAUGUUCAAUUCUUCUGAAGCAAAAUAAACCAACACGUGCUGUGCAAGUUUCCAUCA